AUGCCUCUCCUGCCUUCUGUUGCCGUUGGCUUCCAGCACGUGUGGAGCGAGAGCGAGGACUGCUUGCCUUUCCUGCAGCUCGCGCAGGACUACAUCUCUUCCUGCGGGAAGAAGACCCUCCAUGAAGUGCUGGAAAAAGUCUUCAAAUCCUUCAGACCUUUACUUGGGCUUCCAGAUGUUGAUGAUGAUGCAUUUGAAGAAUACAACGCAGAUGUGGAAGAAGAGGAGCCAGAAGCCGAUCACCAACAAAUGGGUGUCAGUCAGCAGUAAUUUUCCGAGAAGCUAAAAAAAUUGGAACCCCUUGGUACCAGGUGGGGUCACGUGGUCCCACGUUAGCCUAUUUGAAUUAGCACAUCAUGCUGGGAUAUCGGGCUCCCAGGGUAAAAGUCUUAACAACGGUU